AGACGGUUACUACCAAAAUAGGUAAAGGAGUUGUCGAAAUCCUUGCUUAUAAAAAGACUUUAAAAGACUAGAAAGAUCAGUGCUUCAUUUAGAAAGGAUAUCGACUACGAAAGAAGGCUUUCUUUUCCACUUGCAAGUUGUUUACUCGAUCUGGCAGCYAUUUUGUACACAUUUGUACGAUAGCAAUCAAGACGAAAUUCAGAGUUCAUUUCAUAAUUUAGUCGUCGUCAAUAUCUCUUAUUUCUAGAGAUUGGUUUUCAGGAGUCAGCGGGAUAUUCCCUUGACGAUCCGAAAGUGAAAGGAAACGUCGUAUCUCAGUUCACUAAGCAGUCGAUAAAGUGUUCCAGAAAGAAAAUGCCGAUUUCACGUUCUGUAAGCUCGAAAAUACGAAAGUCUUCACGAAAACUAAGCUGCCAAGUGGUGCUUUUAGAUAAUACAACAUAUACAACAACAUUUGAACRUAAAGCAGUCAAAGGAAAAGAGCUUCUUGACCGCGUAUGUGACCAUUUAGAGCUGACUGGUGAAAGGGAGUUGUUUGGGUUACAAUACACUGCUUGGGAAGACGGUGAACUUAACUGGCUUGAUACAAGCCAAGAAAUAAGAUCUCAGAGAUCAAAGCCCUACCAYUUUCAAUUUGCAGUGAGAUUCUUUCCAAAGUUUCCACGCAAAGUUGAACAGAAAGCGCGACGGUUGAUUUGUUUGCAAAUAAAAGAYCUCCUUUUGCGCGGGAAAUAUCUGACGCCUGUUCCAGUUAAGCAACAUGCGAUGUUGGAAGGUCUGUUUACUCAGUUGUGGAUUGGCGAUUUUAACCCGAAAUUACACCRAAGAGGCUACAUUCAAGACGAAUUAGAUAGACUCUUCGUUCCUCCCUGUGGUAUUAACUCUGAUGGGGAAAUAACGGAAUCAAAAUACGAAGCAAUGGUACACCAUCAUCAUCGUAAACAUGUUGGCAUGACUGCAGAAGAAGCUGCAACGACUUACAUAGAGCAUGCCAACGAUUUCUUAAAGUUCUAUGGUAUUUCACUUCACAAAGGAGCUACAAACAAAGAAACUGCUCGAGUUCUACUAGGUGUGUACGAGAGAGGAAUAUUAGUGUAUGAAUUCAAAGAGUGUAAUGAUCCCGGUGAACUUAUUUUGGAAAUAACCUGGCAGGAAGUGGUGGCUACGCAUAGUCAAAACAGAAAAUUCCACGUGUUGUUUUAUAACGAUGUAAAGAAAGAUGGAGGCUCGAUWUGUUAUCGAUUUCAUGGCCUUGGAGGACAACARGCUGCAAAAAGAAUACAUCAGCAAUGUGUUGCAUACAAGGGCUUCUUCCAUCGUCCAGAGAAGAUGGUCAAUCGACGAAGCCGUUCGUUUGCGGAAGCCGAUUCAAUAGUUCGCGUUUCCGGGGCUUUUGAGCCAUCAGAUUCCAAAUAUGCCACGACAGGUAGAGAAAUCAAGCGUGCACAGAGCUCCUUUGGACGACUUAAAACAUCCAUUAGGAAGAGGCUGCCAAGGAAACGCAAAGUUCAGGAACCGAUUUGUAAUCCUCAGGAUUCUCCUAAAAAGAGCAGCAUGACUUACGUCUGAUGAAUUGAAUUCUAUCAGUUGGCACUUUAUUGGCUUUAUUGACACUUAACUGGCUUAUCCUUUAGCACUUCACAAAAUGAUUUCCAUCAAUGCCUUUCAUCAACASUUGAUUGACAUUAACAUUUACUAGCCKCUUUUGGUGUAUUAUWMUMUUGAUUGCACUUUUCUACUGGAACUUGCCUGAUAUUUGAUUGGCAUCUCAUUAACGCUGAAAUAGCUUCCAUUUACACUUCUUAUUUUCUGUAAUAGAUGUGAAAUAUGAAAUAGAAUAUGUAAAAUAUAUGAAGCAAAAUUUCAACAUUCACAAUAAUAAUACUAUGUGAUAUACUAUCACAAAUCCAAUCCAAUGCGCACAUUAAAUUGAGCAGCCACAUYCUAUAUGCUMCAAAGUAAAUAGAAUAUAGAURACAAUGUAUUAUGGUAAAAUUAAUUAAAGUUAAUUGAAUAAAUUUA